AUGCCUUUUAUCCUCGAUGACCUCCCUCUCUCUGAUAAUGGAGAAGAUCUUAUAAUCUUCUUCUUAGAUAAAAAGGAGGACGAGGUCGAUACUGGGGAUAGCUGGCAAAGGGCCACGGAGGAGAAGGAGGAGGUGCUCGACAUGGGCACCUUUGAAUUCGGGGAGAUGUAUAACCAUAUACAUCCCCCACCAGCCCCAGAGCAAUUGGAAGAUAGUGGCAGGCUAUUACUCACUGGAAAGCAAUCGCAAGUCAAUAUAAGGGAUGGCUUUUGGGAACAAGCAGCGGCGUGCCCAGCAAUGCCACCAUACGCCACCACUCAGCAUCUCUAA